AGCCUACAACUGAACUCCACCCUCACUGAUCUCUAGAGGCGUGUUAACAAAUCUCAGAUCCACAGAGAAGAGAACUUCAAAGCUGAGUUUACCAGACUUUUAUAUUUGAACAACUCGCACUCCAAAAGAUGCUAUAGCGUUACCUGUAUUUCUUAGACAAAUACAGUGUCAAAGUGAUUCAGCAGAAGCAUUGAGAGACAACAAGAGCUUUGAGCCAUGGACUGGAAGACGUUUCAAGCCCUACUCAGUGGGGUGAAUAAAUACUCCACUGCUUUUGGCCGGAUCUGGCUCUCUGUGGUUUUUGUGUUUCGAGUGAUGGUUUACGUUGUAGCUGCAGAGAGAGUUUGGGGUGAUGAGCAGAAAGACUUUGACUGCAACACUAAACAGCCGGGUUGUGCGAAUGUCUGUUACGACCACUUCUUUCCCAUGUCCCACAUUCGGUUGUGGGCCUUGCAGCUUAUCUUUGUCACCUGUCCAUCGCUGAUGGUGGUGAUGCAUGUGAAGUACCGUGAGGAGCGUGAACGGAAAUACCGGGUCAAACACGGCGAAAAUGCCAAGCUGUAUGACAACACAGGGAAGAAGCAUGGUGGACUGUGGUGGACAUACCUGAUCAGCCUGUUUGUGAAGACUGGUAUAGAGAUCACCUUCCUCUAUAUUCUCCAUCAUAUCUAUGAUAGUUUCUACCUGCCACGCCUUGUUAAAUGUGAUGUGUCACCUUGUCCCAACAUUGUGGACUGUUACAUUGGGAGGCCCACAGAGAAAAGGGUCUUCACUUACUUCAUGGUUGGAGCUUCAGCGCUGUGCAUCGUGCUUAGCGUCUGCGAGAUUAUUUAUCUCAUCUCUAAACGCGUUAUUCUCUGCGCCAACAAAUUAAAAAGAAACCACAGGAGCAGCACACCAAUUCAUGGACGAUACAGAGAUGAAGACAGUAACUGCACCCUGCCUAUGCAUGAGCUGGAGAGUAAACCAGAGUCUAAAUCAGAAUUUAGGUCUGAGUAUAAGCCUGAGUCUAAAGCACAGUUUAAAUCUGAGGCCAAGCCAACCUUUAAACCAGCCUACCGGCUAAAUGUGGACAUGAGAGCUUCUGCUCCAAAUCUCUCAUUACCUAUGUAUAAGAUACAGUCGGAUAUACUCUAGAAAAUCAGAGGAUCAUGGAUGGAACUAUAUUUUGUGCAUUCCUAUCAACAAUUAAUCUGGGUGCCUAAUCAAGCAUAUUUCUAACUAGUCUUUCAUCCUGUAUUGAGAAUCAAAACUGCCUUGGGUCCUUGUCAUUUAGCAGAUACAUUUGUGAAAGACUUUACACCAGCUUCAGGAAAUAGUGCCCUGGAAAACCAGCUGCAGGAAACAUUGGCCCGGAAAUACCAGGGCUUAAAUGUCUUGCCCAUUGCCGCUGUGGUAAUUAACCAGGAUUGUGUUUACAUGUGACUUGUGAUGCUUCCGUGACUUACUGGAAGCAAACCUAGAGUCUUUUGAAUACCUGCCUAGUUCAUUUAGGCUUUAACACCACAUCAAAAUAAUGCCUUUAAUAUCAUUACAAUGUUUAUAAGAAUGUGCUUUCAUUUUUCUUUCAAAGCAUUUCUUUGUUUAAAAACAACAGAAACCAUCAAAAGGUUAUCAAAUAACCAGGAACGCAUAAAUAGAGAACACACCUUGCAUACAAACCCCACCAUCACACGCACACAAAAAGAUUAGUAGUGGAGUACAGUAUAUGGGAAAUACAAUAACAAUGCCUCAUUGGUCUCACUUCCUAUUGUCUUCAUUUUUGUUGCUAAGAUUAAAUCAAAAGCAUACAUUAGAAAUAAAUAAAGCACAGGUGGACUCUAAUGGAACCUUUUGAUUUGAACUUAACAUUGAGAGGUACAGCUGUGUCCAUAAAAUGUUGACUACUAGCUGAGAUUUUUAAGGUGCUAGACACACUAUUGCCCUGUCAAUGGACUUAUACAUAAAGUGUUAUUUUACACAAAGUAACUGCUUUUUUAAAGAUCUGAUUCUGAACAGAUCUUGCAAAAUCAGUACUCAGUUGUUUUAUAUCUUUGAAAUAUGCAGUCAUUUUGCAAAUUUUGUUUAUUUUAUAAUGUAUUAAUAAUAUAUAGUUUUAAUUUUUUCAUAAAAACUGAAUUUUAAAAGAUAAUAUUUGAGACAGAGAUAUAUUUUUGCUGUGGUCAGUAACUCACAUGUGUGAUCUAUCAAUACCAGGUGGAAUAAAAAAAAAGUAAAACGACACAAUUUCACUUUGAGCAUUGCUACUUUUGACCCUGUCAGCAGGUACAAAAGUAACACACAGGUGGGUCAAAAGUAACACAACAGAACAAGAUAGAUUUUUGUGUUACACUUGUUUUUAGUAAAUAUACAUGACUAUGAUCUUGUUGAUAUGUAACUGCAAACAUAUUUUGUAAUUUAUCUU